CACCGUGGAUGUCAAUUAGCAUCACGGAACUGCAUAUAGGGAUAUAAAAGCUGCUACAUGCAACAUUUCCCCCUGAACAAGGAGUGUUUGGGAGGAAAUUAUGCCAAGAAGUAUUUCAAGAGAAAGAUGAUCAGCAUGUGCAUCUCGACAGAUCCAUCCAUCCAUCGUCUUGCGCUUAUCCGGGGCAGGUGCAGCAGUCUAAGCAGGGAAGCCCACGGCUACUUCAUCCAGGUCUUCCUGGCGGAUCCCAAGACGUCCUAAGGGUCUCACCCGAGGCCUCCUACCGGUCCUGAACACCUCCUCUGGGAGGCAUCCUGACCAGAUGCCCUUGCCACUUUCUCUGGCUCCACGCAAUGCACGGGAGCAGCAGUUUUACUCUUAGGUUUUUACUGCCCAGCCACCCUACAGACAAAACUCAGUUAGUGGCUUGUACCUGCGAUCUUGUCCUUCCGGUCACUACCCUAAGCUCAUGAGCAGAGGUGAGGGUAGAAACUUUGAUUGACCUGUAAAUUGAGAGCUUUACCUUUCAGCUCAGCUCCCCCUUCACCACAACAAUGAAUCGAUGCAGAUGCUGCACCAAUCUGCCUGUCGAUCUGGCAUUCCAUCCUUCCCUGACUCAUGAACAAGACCCUGAGGUGCUGAAACUCCACCACUUGUGCCAGGAUGUCAUCCGUCCAGGGAUGGCACUCCACCCUUUUCCGAGCGAGACUCAUGGACUCAGACUUGUAGUUCUCGACAGAUCGUGUGCCGUUAACUCCCCUUUUCAUGCAUCUUAUUUUUCAUUUUCUCAACAAAAGCUGUUGCAAUUUCUUUUCACAUGCUUUCAGUUCAACAUGAAUGCACGGGUGUCGGAACACACCCAUUACUCCCAACAGCUGGAACAUGUAUCACAGUGACAAACACAUCUGGAAUUCUCUGUCUAAUCUUUUAUGCACAUGCAAAGGUGUAGAUUUUGCACUUGAAUCUUCAAAACGUGCAUUGGUACUGUGCUAGUUUAUGGAGCAUCACUGCUUCCGUUCCUGUGCAUAACUGUUGAACGGACUUGAAUUUAAUGACAUCAUGGUGAAAGCAUUUUUUUUUUGGCAGAGUGACUGGGCGGAUGUUAUGGACGGUGAGGCACUGCAGUUGCACAGUUCCUUGCGGCGCUUCUCCGAAAGAUUCAUUGGAAAAAGGUCAUGAAGGAACACUUGCUUUCUUAUGUAGAAGACGGACUCUGCUGGAAGAACCCAUCAUCAUUUUCAGCUGUGGCCACCAUGCUUCACGCUUGCGUGACCUUCUGUCUUCUGUCAGUUGUCUUCUCCCAGUCUGUAUAUUCCUCAUCCAAGAAAGGGCGCAACAUCACCAUCCACUCUUCCAAUCUAGUUUGUAGUCUGCCAGGUCCAGGGGGGCCUGCAGGGAACCCAGGACCCCCUGGGUCGCCAGGGGCGAUGGGGCCAAUGGGAGCCCCUGGAAAAGAUGGUCCAGAUGGGAAGGAUGGAGAGAAAGGAGUAAAAGGAGAUACAGGUGAUCCUGGCAGGCUCGGAAAUCCGGGCAAACCAGGUUUGAAAGGCCGUGAGGGCCUCAUUGGCAAGGCUGGACCUCGAGGACUUAAGGGCCAACGGGGGACACCGGGGCUGGCUGGAAAAAAAGGCCAGAAAGGAGAUGAAGGGGAUGCGGGGCAGCGAGGAGAACCCGGAGGCUGCAGUUGUGGCAGCGCCGCCCGCUCGGCUUUCUCUGUGGCUGUGUCAAAGAGCUACCCUAAAGAGCGGAUGCCCAUUCGCUUCAGCCGCAUCUUGCUCAACGAGGGCAAUCACUACAACACAAGCAGCGGAAAAUUUGUCUGCGCCAUCCCUGGAGUCUAUUACUUCACCUAUGACAUCACCGUGGCCAACAGGCACUUAGCCAUCGGGCUGGUCCACAAUGGACAGUACAAGAUUAAGACAUUUGAUGCAAACACAGGGAACCAUGAUGUGGCGUCCGGUUCUACUGUUCUCCACUUGCAGCAUCUAGACCAGGUCUGGCUGCAGAUCUUUUACUCAGAGCAGAACGGACUCUUCUUUGACCCCUUCUGGACUGACAGCACCUUCACAGGCUUCCUCAUCUAUGCUGAUCCGGCUGAUGUCACAGCUAAUAGUCAAGGUGCCUCCUGAUACUUGAAUUCAACAAGUUCUUAAAACAUUUUUCUGUCAUUAUUUUCAUGUUUCUAACCAGUGGUGUGCUUCAAUGCGUUUCAGUAGUUCAAUUCAAAAAGUGAAACUCUUCUCUUAAAUAGAUUCACUACACACAAAGUGAAAUAUUUCAAGAAUGUCUUUUUUUUAUUAUUAUUUUGAUGAUUAUUGAUUCCAGCUAAUAAAAACUCAAAAUUCGUUAUUACUUGUACAUAUAUUUACAAAAUUUGUUUUUAACCUUCAAAGGCUAGUAUG